AUUGUGGUCUUGAACCGAGAGAAAUUAUUAAAAAAGCAGCUAAGUGUUGGUGUAAACUAACACCAGAGCAACGCCUUCGUUAUCAAAAGCAGGCCUGUCAAGUUACGACCUCCUGUCGCAAGAAGAACACUCAACUGUGCAAAUGCGCAAGGAAGUCAAAGAAGAAGAAGUCAUGCUCUUAGAAUCUUUUAUAAAUAUCAUUUGUGUGGUAAACACAAAAUAUAUGUCAAGGUGCAUAUGAGAUAACAUCUCAUAUUAUCUGAUGUUAAUGAAAAUUUAAUGAAUUUUUGACUUAUAAAACCCACAAAUGAUAUAAUUCGUAACAAUCGGCCAUGACAAAAACUAGGCAUAUGUAGAUACAUAUGUCGAUGGUGCUACAUAUUGCACGAAUGUACAAACUGAUGUAGCCUUCACAAACUACCUACCAACUGUACGACUAAACUAAAACGAAA